UUAAAGCCAAAAAGAUCCCAAAAAUACACAGCUCUAUUGACAAGGAAAAAUUCAAAAACGAAGAGAGAGUGAGUUGAACUGAGUCAAGCUGAACUCGGUCAUGUAUCCAUCCAAGCAGCAGCUGUCAAUUCAAACAAAUGCUUUGUCUAUCCAAGAUUCAUCAGCAUCAGUGCAAGUGGAUCAAAAGGAAACUUCUGUAGUUGGAAUGCAAAAUGGAGGAAAUCCAGAAGCAGAAGCUAUCUUUUACAAUUCACAGAGACUUCAAGAUGAUCUACGAACGCUGGGCCUGAAAAUCAAGCUGCAUGAGGACCACAUAAAACUUUUGAAGUCCCAAAGCUACAAGUUAGAUGACUCUAUACUUGAAUCACAAGUUAUUCUUGGCAAGUAUCAUUCUUCAAGUGGACCUAAGACUGAGAAUGAGGACCAUUUCAACCUUCAAAGUGAGGAGGAAACAACAGGGCAGAUUCUCCAGCAUGAAAAAUCUGCUGCAGGCAUUUUUUGUAAGCUGAAAACACGUCAUGGCUCUCAGGCAUCACAUCUUCAAUCAACCAAGGAUGUUCUUGGUAUUGUUGCUUCACUUGGCAAAGUUGAGGAUGAAAAUCUUAGCAGGCUUUUCUCUGAGUACUUAGGAAUGGACACUAUGUUGGCAAUUGUUUGUAAGACUUAUGAAGGUGUUAAGGCUCUAGAAACAUACGAUAAAGAGGGUUGCAUUAUUAAAAGUUCUGGUCUUCAUGGGCUUGGUGCUUCAAUUGGGAGGACUAUACAUGACCGGUUUCUUGUCAUAUGUCUUGAAAACUUGAGACCUUUUGCCGGUGAGUUUGUAGCUGAUGAUCCACAAAGGAGGCUUGAUAUUCUAAAGCCAAGAUUGCCUAAUGGGGAGUCUCCGCCUGGCUUUCUUGGCUUCGCGGUGAAUAUGAUUGAUGUGGAAAGCAAAAACUUAUUUUGUGUAACUGCUAGUGGGUAUGGCCUUAGAGAGACUCUAUUUUAUAAUCUUUUUUCACGUCUGCAAGUAUAUAGAACAAGGGCCGAAAUGUUACUUGCUCUUCCCUUAAUAAGUGAUGGAGCUCUUUCUUUGGAUGGUGGAAUCAUCAGAAGCACUGGUGUCUUCUACCUUGGCAAUCGGCAAGAUAUAGAUGUGAGAUUUGCAAAAUCCUGUGGGAUGUUAAACAAACCUGAUUACUAUGCUGCAACUGAGAAGCAGAUCCAGGAGAUGAAAUGGAAAAAAGAAAAUUUGAUGGAUGAUUUGAAGAGAGAAACUUCACUAUGGAAGGCUGCAAAAGAUAGUUUUGAAAGAAAGAAGGAACAGUUGCUCAAGUUUUUGGCGGAUAGCGCAGCCUAUGCAAGCCAGAUGCAGGCUGCGCAAGGAAAGUUUACGCCGCGAUGAUUUUGACAACAAACAAAGUCUACUCUUUAGCAACAUAAAAAUGGGGUAAUCUUUCAGAUUUACUGUGAAGUUGAAAUUUUUAAUUAGAUCAUUGUACUCAAUACUCAUUGUAUAGCGAUGGGCAGAGUUUUGUCCCUAACCGAGCAAGAUUGAGUAAUGGCUUUUCUGGGAUUCAAGUUGUGAAAUGGGAUUUAGGUGUUUUAGGUUUUGGUUGGCCUUCAGAAUUUAUGUAGGAAAACUACUACAAUUCAUGAUUGUCCAAUGAUGGCAAAUGUGCACUGAGGAAAAACCAAGAAAUGAAUUUUCAAUUUUCUUUAAUGGAUGCACAUUUUAGUUAUUUUGUACA